AUGUUUCGCAUCAGUUCCUCCGUCACCUCCGACCUCCGUUCGGCUCUAUCAUCCUUCACGAGCUCUCGCAUAUCCCGCUUCAUAGCUCUCGCAACACUUCUUUGGGAACAGAUUAUCUUUGCUCGAUGCGCCAUGCUCAUAUCUCAGGGCUAUCCUCGCACCACUCUUGCUGUUGUUGUUGAUCUGCGCAAGCAUUGUGGCGCCCCCUUCACAGCCCCAGACUGCCUGGGUAAUUUCGUCCUAUCUGCCAAGCCUACAUGGCCCCUUCCUAUUGUCAGUUCCUUUCGCUUUCCACGAAUUGUAAAUGCACAACACCUCGCCCCUUUCGCACAAUGCAUUUCGCACUCUCUGCAAUCUAUUGACAGAGCUUGGGUGACGAAUCGCUUGGCCUAUAUUGCCUCCUCCGCCCCACCCCUUAUCGAUACUCACGAGCUCACUUUUUCCAAUGGCCCGGAUCUUUAUAUCACGAGCUGGGAACACAUGGGCGCGGAUUGCGAGUGGGACAUUCCUGGGACAGGCAGUGCGAAACCGACUGCCCUUAGACGAGCGGCUUGGGUGAGCGAGGGGGGUAUUGUGGUCCUGCCACGGCAGCAAGACGGGGACGCACCGUAUGAGGUGCUUGUUUCGCUCGCCGAGGAAGAUAUGAUGAGGUUGCAAAAGGGGAUGCAGGACGGAGGGUGGUUGACGGAUGAGAGCAGUAAGGCAUUCAAGGCUAGGUUGUGA